GUGCUUUUCAUCAGAGGAACUUUGGAGGGAUGAGUUGCUGUGAACGGUGUAACUGAGGGCACCGGUCGCUCGCUGGGCAGUGGGAGGACCCACCACGCAAUACAAGAAGGAGGAGAGGCAAAAAAAAAAAAGUUGUGUCAACUUUUUGUGACAGCCGAGUGAAAAGUGCCCCAGACAGAGCCACGGUUAGCGGCAGCAGCAGCAGCAGCAGCAGCUCGGAGGGGGAAGAUGGCGCAGCGCCGCGGCCGUGCCACGUCUCGGUUUACUGGACAAAUACGAACAUAUGCCAGAGAUGUACCCACGACAUCGAUUUGCCUCUGCUUGUGUCUUGUGCUUUUUCCUUGCGCCGCAGAGGCCGGAUUGUACACCCCUUCAGACCAGAUCGUGUUGUUAGCUCCAGGAAAUGUGGAGUCGUUUUUGGUGAACUCCACGGCCGCUAUGGUUGUGGAGUUUUACGCUUCGUGGUGCGGGCACUGUAUCGCCUUUUCCCCGGUUUACAAAAAACUGGCGAGAGACAUUAAAGAGUGGAAACCAGCUGUGAACCUGGCAGCUAUAGACUGUGCUGCAGAGCAGAACAGGAAAGUCUGCAUCAACUACAUGAUCAGAGGGUAUCCCUCCAUAAAGUUCUUCCCUGCCUACUCCAAGUCUGAUGCUGAAGGAGUGAAUAUUAGAGAAUUUUCUCGUGAUGUCCAAGAUCUCCGUCACAGAGUCAUAGACAUGUUGGAAACCCACAGUGACCCCUGGCCCCCUGCCUGCCCCCCGCUGGAGCCCACCAGCGAAGCAGAGAUCGACAACUUCUUUCAGACCAACAAUGUCAAAUACCUGGCCCUGAUCUUUGAAGAUGCUAAAUCCUACUUAGGCAGAGAGGUAACCUUGGACCUGUUGCAGUUUGACAACAUUGCCGUGCGGAGGGUCCUGAAGACUGAGCAGAGUCUGGUGACCAGACUGGGAGUGACUGAGUUUCCAUCUUGCUACAUCUAUUACCCUGCUGGUAACUUCACCAGACUUAAAGUCUCCUUUGAUGCUCGGACUUUCUACUUUUCUGCCCUCCAGAGGCUGCCAGGGGUGGUGCGCUCAGGGAAGCCUGCGCCAGUUCUCUUGGGCAACAUCACCACCAGCACGGAGGAGCUCUGGAGACCAUUCAACAAGUCCAGGGUAUACAUGGCAGACCUCGAGUCAGCGCUGCACUACUCCCUGCGUGUGGAGCUGGCUGCUCAUAGUGUUAUCAAAGGAGAGGCCCUGACUUCUCUCAAGAAGUACAUCUCUGUCCUGGCAAAGUACUUCCCCGGCCGUCCUAUGGUGAUGAACCUGUUGAGGUCUGUGAACUCCUGGCUACAGAACCAGACUGCUAAUCAGGUUUCCUAUGAGGCGUUUAGAGAGAUCCUGGAUAACUCGGCGCAGGCUCCAGACACAGCGUUGCCUGAAGGGGUAAGGUGGGUGGGCUGUCAGGGUUCACAACCCCAAUUCAGACGUUAUCCUUGUGGGGUGUGGACUCUCUUCCACGUUCUCACAGUCCAGGCAUACAGCGCUGGAGGCUCAGAUCCUUCUGAGGUUCUCAGCGCCAUGAGAGGUUACGUCCACAGCUUCUUCGGCUGCAGAGAAUGUGCCGAGCACUUUGAGAACAUGGCAAGGGACAGUAUGGCAGAGGUGAACUCGCUGACGUCAUCAGUCCUGUGGCUGUGGUCCAGACACAACCGUGUCAACAACAGACUGGCCGGAGCGCUGAGUGAGGACCCAUAUUUCCCAAAGAUCCAGUGGCCAACACCUGAAAUGUGCUCGGCCUGCCACUCGGUGAAAGAUAAUGGGGAGCACAGGUGGGACUUGGAACACCUCUUUCCCUUCCUCCUGUCCUACUUCUCCUCCAGAGAAAUCCUCACAGACUAUCUUGAGAAUGAAAGCCAAAUUCUGGAAAAGCAGAGGGAAAAACAUGCGGGUCAGCAGCAAGACUUAGCAGCUCAGAAGCGUGCAGAGCGGAAAGUCAGAGGGGCAGUGGAUCUUCCAACAUCACAGCCCACUGUGCAAGAAGAGGAGGAAGAAGAAGAAGGGCCACAGGAUGAGGAAGAGGGAGCACAAGCUGGAGCAAGUGAGAUGAAGGGUAAGACAUCUGAGCCAACACCCUGGGCCGUACCUGAAAUGGAGAUAGGUCGUGGUCGGCGACAGCCCCACAAGAGGCCGAGCAUUGUGGGAAUGAGGAUACGAGAGGCGAAGGAGGACAUCGUGGAUCUUGACUCACAAGCCAACAGGUAUUACAAGGCUGGGGUCCCUCAGCUUGAUGCUGCCAGCCGGGUAAAACAACGCACCCUGCAGAGGGAGAAGGAGCAGGAGCCCCGGCCCAUGGUCGGCCUCGGCAUGGAGCUGGAUGCAGGACUUGGGAUGAUGGGUCUGGAGCUGAUAGACGCAGACUUAAAGCUGGAUGUGGGGCAGAAGCGUCAGAAACGAGAACUGAUAGGCCAGUACUACGGCAGGGAGGCAGAGUUGACCCAAAAGGGAGGCUUGAUAUCUUUGCUCGGCAUCGGAUUCUCAAAACUGGACGUCGGCCUGUGUGUCGUUCUUUACGUCCUUUCCUCGAUGUGUCUUCUAGCCAUGUACCUUUUCUUCAAAAACCGCUUCAGGUUACAGCGAGUUAAAUUUGCCUUACCGUAAGUCAAAAUAGCAUAUCUCACCUGAGUCACAGCAGUGACUAGCAUCCAUUAGGUACAUGUCACUUAAGUUUGAUUGAUACUGUCAAGGGAUGCGCCAAGAUUAGCGCAGUCCUCUUAACUGUUACCCACAGCUAAAGUAGGGAACGGCCUGUUUCACUUUAAAAGCCGCCAGUGUGUUGUGUUAGAGAGGAGGAGAAGGGAAAAUUAGCAGAUUACUUUCCAAAUCAGGGUAGUUAUGUAACCUGAUACUUCAUCUGGCCUCCCGGGCUUUUCAGGGAGCGCCUCAGCUGUGACUAAAUGAAGAUGUACAUUUCCAUUCGCGUCUGUUUGGGUUUGGCGCCUCCACUCAACUUGUUCUUUUGAUUCUGAUUGACCACUUAUGAAGGAUAAAAUGAAAUUGAGUAGAAGAUGGAAGAAUGUUUUAAAUUUGUAUGGAUUAUAAUGAGUGAUUUUUUUUGUUUGUUUUGUUCAUGCUUUACUGAAGUUCUAAUUGUAAGUAUUCUUUUAAGAUUUCUUCCAUAAUUUUGCAGUAGGCUGAAGACUUUUACUACCUACUAUCUUGUUGGCUGUUAAAUUACAGAUGGAGUAUUUUCCUUCUCCAGUUGGUCACUGGGUGUGUUCUUACAGCCUCUCAUUUAUGAAGUAGACUGUCAGUUCUUGAAAAUAUGUUGUGGAAGGUACUGAUAUUUGCGAUACAUUGAUCACUGUGACAGGACCAGAGCAGAUCAGUCUUGUAAGUUGUCCUACAUAACACUGAGCUUUACGUAAUGUCUUUGAAUAUUACAUCACACUGCUGAGUCCACAUAAUAGCUACUCUUGAUGAAGUGUUGUGGAGCCCAAACGUGUUCACACUGGACAAGGAUUUAGAAUAAGCAGGAUUGUUUUUGGCUUGUGUCCACAGUGAACAGCUUCUGCUGGUUGUCUCAAAAACACUGUGUUUUCCUGUUUGCUUCUGCCUGAAUCAAUAAAAUUAUUUUUGUUAAGGA